UGGGUUGGUCUACAUCGUAUUGUGAUUGUUAUUUUCCGCGCAUUGGUGCGGUCCUCCUCCUCACACUGCUACGGUGCGCCUUCUGUAAGGAGCCGAGGAGUUAGCUGGUUGCCAUGACAAGGGACCUGGUCAUGUGAUCAGGAUGCUGCUUCGGGCUGUUUUGACGUCAAGCUGUAGACAGAGCGAGUGAAAGAGAGAGAGAAGGAUCCGUGGCACAGCAGUAGUAGCAGCAGCAGCAGCAGCAGGAGGGACUGAGCCUGCCCGCAACACGCACGCACACCCAGCCGCUGCUCUCCAUCCAUUCUCCCAUUGACUCUGUUCGGAACCGGGACAGCUUCAAUGCCGGGUCCAACCCAACCGCUGUCCCCAAAUGGAGAAAACAACAACGACAUCAUUCACGAUAACGGGACUAUCAUCCCUUUCCGAAAGCACACGGUGCGGGGCGAGCGUUCCUACAGUUGGGGAAUGGCGGUCAACGUGUAUUCGACAUCGAUAACCCAGGAGACUAUGAGCAGACAUGACAUCACUGCUUGGGUCAAUGACAUUGUGUGCUUAAACUACACAAAGGUUGAGCAGCUCUGUUCAGGUGCAGCCUAUUGCCAGUUUAUGGACAUGCUAUUCCCUGGCUGCAUUAGUCUAAAGAAGGUCAAGUUUCAAGCCAAGCUGGAGCAUGAAUACAUCCACAAUUUCAAACUGCUGCAAGCGUCUUUUAAGAGAAUGAAUGUCGAUAAGGUCAUUCCAGUAGAAAAACUGGUGAAAGGACGCUUCCAGGACAACCUGGAUUUUAUUCAGUGGUUCAAGAAGUUCUUUGAUGCCAACUAUGACGGCAAAGAAUAUGAUCCGAUGGAAGCUCGGCAAGGACAGGAUGCUCUUCCUCCCCCCGACCCUGGAGAACAGAUCUUCAACCUGCCAAAAAAGUCUCAUCAUGCCAACUCCCCAACAGCAGGUGCUGCCAGGUCAAGUCCAAUUGCGAAACCCGGAUCCACAUCAUCUCGUCCAUCAUCUGCAAAGAAAGCAGCGUCCAGUCCCUCAGUAAAAAGUGACAAAGAUUUGGAAACACAAGUCUUCCAGCUUAACGAACAGGUACAUUCAUUAAAAAUUGCCCUUGAAGGAGUCGAGAAAGAAAGAGAUUUCUAUUUUGGGAAGCUAAGGGAAAUCGAAUUACAAUGUCAAGAACAUGGUCAAGAGAGCGAUGACCUAGUCCAGAGGCUAAUGGACGUUCUAUAUUCCUCAGAUGAACAGGAGGGCCACACAGAUCAUCAAGAAGGGGAGGAGCAGGACCAUGUGCAGGAGGAGGCGCAGGAGCAGGACGAAUACUGACCCCAAACAUUCACCCCCACUUCACUGUUGUCAUUUCAUGUGGAACUUUCUUCCAAGAGAACAAUGUGUGGCCACUCACUCUCGACACCCCCUGACCAUCCGAUGUACUAUAGAGAGCGCCAGUAAUCCACUGCAUUCUGUUCCACUUACUUCUCCAAGGAGCGUUUGUUUACAGAAGUCGCCCGAACAAAACGGAGGGUGUGGCUUACUCUGCGGCGUCCACCACGUGACUGUUUCAGAUUCUUUUCCGAUCAUUUCUCAUGGUUUAAUUUUUUUAUUUAUUUGUAAUUGAGCUGUUUCCUCUCUCUGCUUGCUCACAAUUGUAAUAUCGUACAAUAUUUAUAGUUCCAUGUCAUGAAGAUCAGAGAAGUCACCACCACCACCACCAUCAUCAUAUAUCACCAAUGUGCAGUUUUGUGUAAAGUAUCCGGUAUCAUAAGCAGAAAUGAAGUAAAGGCUACAUAUACAUCA